AUGUCACUAGGCGAUGCUAUCAAUUUACUGCGUGAGGUGUACGCGAGCACCAAUAACGACCAUCGAAAAAGCUGCACUCUCCAACUGCUGCAGUGGGAGAAGGCUCUGCAGGCUGCAGAUGCGGUACGGAUCGGUAUCGAACUUCUUAAGACGUCCAACGAAGGCGUGGCAGUUCAGGCGUACGGCGCGGUUCUGCUGCGCCACGCCCUGCACGCACGCGUGCUACAACCCACACAACUGCCUCUGAUGGAUUUGCUCUCUUGGUACUGCAAUGAGCCGACCUUAGGGCCUUUGCUGCGGGCAGACUUGAUGGAGCUUCUCAUCGAAUGCGUAAUCUACUCGGAUGACACGGUGAUAGGUCAAGUACUGGGGUCCCUGUGUACAGGAAUUGAGUCGCAACCCCGUCGAAUGCUGCUUCUGAGCGAGAUGACAGUGGCGCUGGUCGACCCUGAUUUCGAUCGUGUGCCGCGCGAGUCUAUCGGGAAGCUGAAGCGCAGCGUGACCAAGCAGGGGAGCCAGCUACUGAAUGCCGCUACCAUGAGUCUCUACACAUACUACAUGACCUCCGGCGGCGAGCAGUCCACGGCGCUGGCGCCGGACUUAGAGCCGUGCGUCGAGGCUGCCUUCAAGGUGAUUGGCGCCCUCGCGCCUCAACUACCGUUCUCUGUGUGGCAAGAGCACAGCCUGGCAGCAACGAUGGAGGUACUGCUGCGAUGGCUGCCGGCGCAGCGCCCGGUGCUAGCCUGCGCCACGGGUCUAUUGCGCUCCUACUCAGCCGGCGAUGCCAACAAAAGCGCCAUCCUGCGCGUUCUGCUCAGCAUUGUGCUGCGGAAGAUACCCGCGCUGGUCGCUACUGGUGACAUUGGCGCACUGGAUGAAAUUCUUAGCCUGGCGUUGGAGCUUCCCAAGGACUUUGUGCAGCUGGAGGGGGUGCUACUGGUGCAGAGCAUCAUGUCAGUCUUUUCCAUACCCAGCAUCCUGUUCGGGCAGGAGGCUGUGCAGCUGAUGGAGCGCAUGGGAGAGGAGGCGUUUCGCCACGUGGACGCGAUCGAAAUCUACAACGGGCUGCGUCUGCUGCUCCCCAAGAACCUAUGUCACCCUGUGCAAGGCACGAAUCCGGAAGGCCAAGAGCUCUCUCGAGAGCAGUUUGGAUUCGAGCAGCUAUUUGAGGAGGUCUUUGCUGACUUCCGGCGAGGUGCAAGCAAGAUCUUGGCUCAGCUGGCUCGCAUGUACCCGGAGCGCACGAACCAGUAUCUGCUGAGCCUCCUGGGCGACCUGCCUGACCCUCAAGGCACCCCCGAAGACCCGCGCACCCGCAGCCGCUUCGUGCGGCAGAGUAGCCUGACGUUCGUCUACUGGGAGGUCACCCAGUUUAUGAUGGAGUACCUCUCCGCCGCUUUCGAGUACUCAACUGUGAGCGUCAACGCGUGCGUGUCGACGUUGCUGGCCCACGAGCCCUCUGACGCGGUGCUCAGACCUGUGUACUUCAACAUGAUCUCUUACUUCUGGAAAGUGCGCGACGGCGAUGGCAUGAAUGUAUGGGAGGGGACCAUCAAUAUCCUUCUGAACUGCAUCAACGACGAGGGUAGUCGAUACACCGACGACAUCGACGUCUCGGCUGCACGGCGCCGGGCUCACACCCUGCUGGUGCAAAUGUGCGUCGAGCACAGCCGCCGCUUUCUGCCGCGGGCGCCUUCUCUGAUUAAACAGCUGGAGCCGAUGCUGAUGCGCGCGAAUGGGAUGGAGCGCUCACUCCUGUACGAGGCCCUUAUCGCGCUCACGGCUGUUAUGCCGGCGCAUGAGUCCGACGCGUACUUGCAGACAAUUGUGAACCCACUUGUGAACAUGCUGGCCACCUCUCCAGCUCUGACAGACCAAAACGUCUUCAAUAGCAUUAUGUGCGCGGCUACGCCAGACGACAAGGACGCGAGGGGCGUGCUGCAGGGAUGCUUGAACACGAUCGCCGCCGUCUUCCGGCGAUGCCAGAUGACGCCAUACGUGGUAGAGAAGGCAACGCAACUGUUUCCACUGAUCGGGCAGCUGCUCUUGAGCAUUCACAGCAUGCAACCGAGCGAUCUGCCUCCCGAGUACCGCAGCAUUCUCGAGCAGGAAGCGGGGGAGAGAGAUUUGUUUCUGCCCGGUAAGACACGCAAGAGUGAUGCGCACUUGGUCAACGCAGUGCGUGGAGCUCGCGCCACGCUGAUGAACAUUCGCAUUGCUCUAUACCAAGUCUUUGGGGAACUGAGCCCCAUUUUGCCAGCGGAACGGUUUGGUGAGGUCAUCACUGCCCUCACGACCAGUGCUCAGAUACCCACGCAUGUUACUCGCUCUCUCACGGAGAGGUGCUUGCUGCCGAUCGGCAAGGAGCACCCGACGUUACUCAUCUACAUUUUCCAACUUCUCCACCGAUUUUUUGCUCAGCGCAAGGAGCAGGUGCGUCGGCAGCGGAUGGCGGAGGCAAACGCGCGCAAUACCCGUGAUGAUGUCGUGGAGUCAAAGCAGUGGCUCUACUACGCAAAAGAUGUCACCAAGUUUAUACGGGGUCACGUGCUGGACAGCCACUUGUGGAAGCGCGACAAGGCGCUUUUCCUCGCGACGGCAGAGGUGGCAAUGAGCAUCUUUGAGAGUGGCGCCGACAACCGUACAGCACAGAGCUUUCUCAUUUCCAUCGUCAACCUCACCACCGACGCCGCAGUUCUGCCGGAGGUGGAGUCGGCCUUGUCGGAGGUGCGCGUGGUGGUGUACUCACGACUCAUCUCGUACGUGACCCUGACACCGGACGGCGAGCUGACGCCGUGCGAACGUGAAAACGUGGCGUACGCGAUCAGUGAGCCCUACGUGAGGCUCUUCCCCAAUCUUACGCCAUCCUUGACCAUGGCAGGGAUUUCGCAGGAGCAGCAGGAGACGCUGAACGCACACCUCCUAAUCGUGGGCAACUUUGCUGGGCAGCGCCGGAAGGUGAAGGAGUUCUUGAUCAACAUAGCAAAGGUGAACACCGGGGCGUCCGGGCGAGGCUGA